GAACCUUUGAUAUUUAACCUUGUUCAUCAUUGACAUUCAAUUACUUGAUCUACUGUGUUUCUCUUGUCCGGCUCUAUCGUGACGCCCCCAAAGAGCAACCAUGUGGUCACUUUUCACAAUCGCCCCUUACGCGUUCUUUAUCGGGAUCGUGGGGAUCUCCUACUUCCUGGUAUGGCCGUUUGUGCAGUAUAUCAGAGACCCCAAAGGUCUCCGGAAAUACCCUAAUCUUACACCAAUCUCGGGAAUGUCUGCCAUCCCGUUCAUGCUCAUGGCGUCCCGCGGAUUCCGGUCGCGAGAAAUGCAGGAGCUGCACCAGGAGAAGCCGGUAAUCCGUACCGGACCCAAUACGCUCUCCUAUGGUGAUGUGCGCGCGAUCAAGGACAUUUACGGCCAUAACACCAAGUGCAUCAAGGACCCAUCCUACGUCGUCACGGCGGGCACGCAUUACCACCUAGCCGAUGUGGUGGACAAGGGGGACCAUGCGCGGAAGCGUAAGGUUCUGUCAUCCGCCUACGCUCUUAAGAACCUUGAAACAUGGGAGCACAAAGUCAGCGACAAGGUUGAGAAGGUGGUGGCCCACUUUGACAAGGUGUGCACGGCCGCACCGUCUGCGGCUGUGGCGUCCGGCAAGGUCGCGCCGGACCCCAAAGACCUGACCGUGGAUUUCCGCGCCUGGACCAACUACUUCACGCUGGAUGCUAUCGCAGAUAUCGGUCUGUCAGAGAAGCUGGGCUUCUUGGACCAGGGCAACGAUGUCUGCAUAGCUGAGCGGAAGGAUGGGUCAACGUACACGGUGAAUCUCCGGGAGGCACUGUAUCCCACGGCCCGGAAGCAGUCGCUUAUCCUCUGGAACUACGAAUGGUACCCGGUGCUGAACAAGCUGGUCAACGUGAUCCCGUUCUUCGGCCGGAUGCAAAAAUCCUCGGACAACUGGGACAACAUUGUGUGGCGACGCAGCAUCGAGCGCCUGCGACGGUAUGAGGCUGGGGAGAAGCUCGAUGACUUCUUCCAAGCGCUGAUGGAGGAUAAGAACGGCCGGGCCAACAACCUGGAGUGGGGCGAUGUGGUGUCGGAAGUGAACAUCAUGAUGAACGCAGGCAGCGUAACGACGGCGAUCGCGAUCGCCAACGUGAUGUACCAGCUGCUGCGGAAUCCGGAGUGCCUGGCUAAGCUCCGGGAAGAGAUCGACGCAGUGCUGGACGCGGACGAUAUCGUUGCGCCAUACGACAAGGUGAAGCACUUGCCGUAUCUUCGGGCAUGCCUGGACGAAUCGCUCCGGAUCUUCCCGCCAACGUCGCACGGGCUUCCGCGCGAGACACCGGAAGAGGGGAUGGAGAUCCUGGGCCAGUGGGUGCCGGGGAAGACAACGGUCAGCAUGUCGGCCUAUGUUGCGCACCGCGACGAGCGGGCCUUCCCCAAGGCGGACCAGUACAUCCCGGAGCGGUGGUUGGGAGAAGAAGGCAAAGCGCUGCAGCCGUACUUUGUGGCGUUCUCGGCGGGGGCACGGUCCUGUAUCGGGCGGAACAUCUCGUACUUGGAGCAGACGAAGAUCCUGGCGUCGCUGGUGCAUCGGUAUGAGUUUGCGCUGCCGCACCCCGGGUGGGAGCUGAAGCGACUGGAGACGAUGAACUUGAUUUUGGGAGAUAUGCCGGUGAAGGUGUGGCGACGGCAGGUGCCGGCCACCGAUUAGGGAAA